CCCAAAGGGUAGUCUUCGUAAUUCAGUCAGCUUUUUUCUUUUUCGUAAUUUAUGAGAGUACUACUGUUAUAAAUACAUAAAUUUCCAACGUAUAAUAAAGGUGAGAAAUUUAAUACAGUGUCCAUAAAUUAAUCUUUUCUUUAUCCCCUAGAAAAGUGAGAAAAGUAAAAAAGAAAAAAAUAAAAAUCAAAGAGAUAGAGAGAUAAAACAAGGAAUCAAAGGAACCAUGGAUGCUUUCUAUCAUCAUUCAAUGCUUUACCAAACUCACCACCAUCCUUUCUUCUUCAAAUUCCCUCCUCUAGCUUCUACCACCCCUUUGCUAUUAUCCUCUUCUCUUCAGGAAAUGGAAUGCGUUGAAGCAGCUUUGAAGACCAGUUUUAGGAAGGAGAUGGCUUUGAAAUCAAGUCCCCAAGCGCUUCUUGAGGAUAUUUGGGUUGUAAAUAAUGGACAAAAUGGAGUCUCUUGUGAUGAUUUUUCUGUAGACGACCUGUUUGACUUCACUCACGAAGAGGGUUUCCUUGAACAACAUGAUGAAGAUGAAGAAGAAGAAGAAGAACAAGUACCAGUUUCUUCUUCGCAUAAGAGACAAAAGCUAAGCCAAGAGCACCAUUUUUCUAACGAUACUAUCAAUUUUGAUUACAGUUCCUUAUCCACCAACGAGCUCGCCGUUCCGGCGGAUGACGUCGCUAACCUUGAAUGGUUGUCUCAUUUCGUUGAGGAUUCCUUCUCGGAACACUCUGCGGCAGCGUAUCCCGCCGGAAUGUUAACGGAAAAGCCCAAUUUACCAGACCACAAAUUGCCUAAACCCGAGAAACCAGUUACGACAUGUUUCAAAACUCGUGUUCCAGGCAAAGCCAGAAGCAAGCGCAGUCGAACUGGUGGUCGAGUUUGGUGCCUUGUCGCUUCCCCUCCUUUUACAGAAUCAUCUUCAAGCUCCUCAUCGUCAUCCUCCUCUAGCCCUUCGGCUUCAAGCCCUUGGUUCCUUUGUUCAAACAGCGGUUCAGAUUCAACCUUAGAACUAUCCGAAUCGCUUUCAAUGGAGAAGAAGCAUAAGAAGAGACCGGCAACCGAGUCAACCAUUGGAAAUGGGACCCAGCCAACGCGUAGGUGCAGUCAUUGUGGAGUUACAAAGACGCCACAAUGGAGAGCUGGUCCAAUGGGAGUUAAGACUUUGUGCAACGCUUGCGGGGUGAGGUUCAAAUCGGGUCGGCUUUUACCCGAGUACAGACCAGCUUGUAGCCCGACAUUUUCAAGCGAGUUACACUCGAACCAUCAUCGGAAAGUGCUUGAGAUGCGACGUAAGAGAGAAGCUCCGGGUGAGGCGGAACCCGGUUCAGUUCCUACUUCUGUUCCCAGUUUUGGAUAAUAUUAAACCCGAGUUAGUUUCGGUUGGACUUGUAAACAUUAUUAGUUUGGGUAGGAAGAAUUCUAGGAAUGUAACUCAUUUAGGUAGGAUUUUAAUUGUCUUUGUUUGAUUUAUAUAUAUAUAUUUCCGAUUCUUUUACCCUCAAA